UCCACACUAGUCUGCUGUGCACGUUCAUUCCAUCCCCUGCCGAUGAUUCUCUCCACACCAUGGCAGCCACGUGAAGAUUGAUCUGAAUGUGGAGCUUACAUUCGAUCUAAGGAAGUCAAAAAGGAUCCUGUUCCCGCGCGAAAGGAUACCAGCAUUGUCUCAAUUCCAAAUCCAUCGCCCAAAUCCUCUCUCAGGAUGGCCGGACUAGUGUUAGACCGCCUGGGAUGGGCUUACAUCGGACUGGACAUCGCCUGGAUGGUUGCUCUCGUUUGUGGCAUGGGAUUUCUUUAUUACCAUCGCGAGCUACCUUGUAUUCGGAUUCGAAGGCUUCCCAUCCUCUUUCUCGGCAUCAUCCCAUUGCAUCUCUAUGGCUUCGUCUGUGUCCUAGGAUACGUCUUGGGUGCUCUGGUGCCAUGUCAGGCUAUGUUCUGGGUCAUGAGCAUAUACCUCCCUUUCGGUAUUGCCGUGUUUCAAACCGCGAAUAGCCAGUUUCUGCAUGUCGCCAGUCGACAAAAGCAGUUUGCACACCUUAGCCUGCAGAGCGACCACGCGCCCCUCAAACAGGAGGAAGCCGAGCGGCUGUCAAAUAGUCGCUGGCGCAGGAUUCUACGCGGCGUUGAUAGGGCUGACAAGAUCGAGCGCAUGAUGGUGUACAUCGGUAUCGGCCUUGCGGUGCAGCUCGUUGUCACCCUCAUCGUCUUCUUCGGCUCGAAGAAAUUUCACCCAAGCUAUGGACUUUGGGAUUGGGAAACACGGCCUUCAGCCCCUGAGCUGGUAGGCAUGGAAUGUAGCAAAGGAUGGGAAUGGUGGUUGUCCAUUGUGUGGCAGUUUUUCUGGGCAUGGAUCUAUGCACCGUACAUGCUGUUCAAGUCUCGUGGCAUCAACGAUGUUCACGGUUGGCGACUGCAAACCAUUUGCUGCUGCAUUGUUGGGUUACCCGCCUCGCCAAUGUGGCUUGCAGGUCUCUAUGCACCUGGAAUGACAUCAGUGAACAUGUAUUUCAUCCCACCUAUGUGGUUCUCAGUUUGCAUUUUGUUCAUGGAGCUGGUCACGAUUGGUUUCCCUAUAUUCGAAAUCUUGAAGACCCAUAAACUCCGGCAGGAUACACUGGACGCAAUUACCGCAUGGGAGAAACGACAAGAGUUAGUUUCGCCUACCAGUUCCAACUUCUCCUCGGAUUGCUCCACAAAACAAGGCACUGCCGAUUCAAGCAAAUCAUUCACCAUCAAAGAAGUUCAUCUUGCGAGUAGGAAGUCUAUCGACUCCCAGCGCUCCGAUCUUUACACCAUGGCAAGCCUUGAAAACGCUUUACGCACUAACGCUGUGCCGCUUCUACAGUUUGCCGCAUUAAGAGAUUUCUCAGGCGAAAACAUCAGUUUCCUUACGCACCUCGCAGACUGGCGACGCACGUGGCUACACUUGACUGUCUCUACCGCUCAACAUCGGCGCCAGCAGUUCAUAGCCGCCGUCGCUAUAUAUGCACAUUUCGUAUGUCCCAGUAUCUCGGAAUUUCCCAUCAACAUUUCACACGCCAAUAUGGCCGCACUACGCGAUCUGUUCGAAGAAGCUGCCAGCCGAAUCUUUUGCAAACGUUCAAUUGCCUCCAACUACUCGCCCACACCAUUCGAGGAAGCGUCACCGGACUCUAGCUCCACUGUGGAUCUGAGAUCAGGAAUCAGCCUCGAUGUGCUCGGUCGCGCAAAUCUCAACUCAGUUUCCAAAAUGACUCAUCCGGGUUACGAAGAUGUUCUGACAGCAUAUCCGAUACCCGAGGCUUUCAAGGAAACAGUUUUCGAUGCCGCUGAGAAGGAGAUCAAGUACCUGGUGCUGACAAACACAUGGCCCAAGUUUGUCAAUGACGCCUAUGCAUCUUCGCAAGUCGGUUCCGGCAAGCUGAAAGAACGGCAGGAACAGAACUGGGUGAAGAAGACUAUUCUCUGUGCGAGAUGACUGAUGAUUCCG